AUGAAACGUCGGCUUCUCCAUGGAGAGAUUUCUUACUCUGCAGCCAAGGAUAAAGAAGUCAACCUUCUUCAUAGACUUGAAUACUUCGAGAAGCAGAGCCAGUUUAUCACGGACCUCGCCGGCAGAGAGCAAUGGAUUAAGGGCGUCGUUGCCCAUCAUCUGAAUAUUGACCCUUCAAGAUGCUCUAUUGCAGAUGCAAAAAUGGAUGGUUCUGGGUUGGUGAAGCAUUUCGACCAGGCAACGCGGAUGAAAAGAUUAGAUGUAAGGCCAGCACCUACGCCUGGCUACAAGAAAAUCAUCCUCAUAUUCCUAUUCCACGACUUUAUGGGAUCUCACUAUCAUCGGUUUACCGUUAUAAAGAAUUUGCCAUUCCUUGCCAGAUUCUACUACUAUAUACGCCGCCAGAUAUACUUAUGGUUCAGCAAUUUUCUAUGGUCUAGGUCCAUUAUUCCGUCCCACUAUGUUCGACAUCAGCCUACUCUUAGUCCUCCAUCGAACCUUGCAUACCUUUUAAUAGAAUGCAUCGAGCCAAAACAGGGGACAAUGCUAUCAGAUACCUGGUUCAAAAAAUCGAAUAACGCCGCUUUAAGGACUACACUUUUCCGUAGCCUUGCUCGCAUAAUGCUGAGCCUUACCCGCGUUCCUUUACCAUGUAUUGGGUCAUUUACUAUAGAUAAUGAUGGGUUUAUCUCAUUAUCAAAUAGACCCCUGACGCUUGAAAUUCAAGAGUUUGAAAAUGAGGAAAUUCCUAUUGAUAUUCAGCGCAAUUAUACAUACCAGACUACUGAUUCCUACAUUACUGAUAUAGUAGGCCUUCAUGAUAGCCGCUUACUUUACCAACCAAAUGCUAUUAAUAAUGGCUCAGACUAUAUUCAACAGGCAGCAACACUAGCAGGAAUACGUCUUUCUACCCCUAUUUUUUUUCGGCGGGACUUACGCCGGGGUCCAUUUAUAUUCUCUCUAACCGACCUUCACCAGAGUAAUAUAUUUGUUGAUGAGAAUUGGAAUAUUACCUCACUUAUUGACCUUGAAUGGGGAUGUUCUUUACCAGUUGAAAUGAUUCACCCGCCCUAUUGGCUUACAAGUGAGUUUGCCGACGCAAUUAAUGAGGACGAAUACAAGAAAAUGUGGACAGAGUUCGUACAUACCUUAGCUCAGGAAGAAGAUGAAUAUUUUGGAAACGUUCAACAAAGCUGUGACGCUCAAAAUACCCGACUAUCAACAAUAAUGACGAAAGCAUGGGACAUGGGUACUUUUUGGUAUUCACUUGCUCUUCGAAGUCCUGCUGCUAUCUUUCGCCUAUUCCUUGAUCGAAUUCAAAUAAAGCUCGGAAAAGACAACUAUAGUGCAGAGGAAUAUGGCCUCGUUAUGACGUUUCAGUGGAGAACGGACAUCGCCGAUAUCCUUGCUCAAAAGAUGAAGGAUAGAAAGACAUAUGACGAUGAACUUCGACAAGCUUUCCUUAUACCUCAAACGGAAAGCUAG